ACUUUUAGAGAGAGAAAGUAGAACUCUUCACCGUCGCUAGCCUUCCCGCCGUCGUUCUCAUCCAUUUUCCGGCUCCGUACUAGGUUAGUCUUCCUCGGCCUUGCUCUUCCAUGUCUUCCCAAUCCUCAGUCUUUCGUCAGUCCGAGUCCGAGCGCGAUGCCGAGGGCUCUGUCAAAGGCUCCGCGCAGGAGAGCGACUCCCGCUCGCCCUCCGUCGAGGAGAUAGUCGCGACGGUUGAGGUCCCUCCUCAGUCCCAGCCUCGCAAUCAGAGGCGCACCACUCUGGAGGACUCGGGGAUCUGUGCACGGAAGUGCACCCUUACGGUGGAGGAAUUCCGCAAGGCGAAGCGCCUGGCCUCGGCGCCGGGCAUGACUGUGCGCCGUCCCACCCCCGAGGAAUCUGUCUUUGACGCUCCUCCGGGUUUCUUCACCAUCCACCUCAAGUCCCUCGAGUAUGGGUUCCGCUUCCCCCUCCAUCAGUUAGUCAAAGAUUUUUUCCUCCAUUUUGAUUUUCUCCCCUGCCAAGUCGUGCCCAAAUCCCAUCGUUACUUGGCGGGGUUCCUUAUUCAAUGCCAAAGGACCGGGGUUCGCCGCGAUCUAGCCCACUUCCUGUUGCUCUUCCGGGUGGCGAAGUCGUCUGGCCGCGCGAACUCCGACUCGGGCUCGUAUGCCUCUAUCUUCCAACGGCAAGAGAAGCUCUUCAAAACGAGGAAGGACUCCGCCAAGAUUGGCUCGCUGGUGACAAAUGAGGCGUUGGCAGCACUCGGCUUCGUCUUCCUAUCCCUGGAAGACACUCAGCGGAGCAUCGAAGAAGGCCCCUCAGGUGAAAUCAUGCUCUCCAACGCCGAGCGGGUGAAGCUCAUGUUCCCAGACGCUCCGAGCAACAGCUCACAGGUCCCUGCUUCGGGCGGCCGUCCCCCGACUCCACCCGUGAAGCCGACCUCCGAGACGGCCCAGAAGAAGAAGAGGAAGGAAACGGCCUCGGUCGCCGACGCUCCGCAGGGGUCCGAGUCCCCCAUGAUGAAGGAUUUCGGCAACCGGCUGGGGCCGGGGUGUUACAUGGUCGACAUGAGCCAACGGCUACGCGUUAGUGAAGAUGACCAGACCAGGGCCUACGUCGAGAUCGCCGACCUGAAUGAGGAGCUGAAGGCGGCCAAGGAACAGGCGCAGCAAGCCAAGGAACAAGCUCGGCAAGCCGAGGAGGCUGCUCGCAAGGCGCAUCAGGAGGGUCGCGAUCAGGUUGUGGCCGAGUUCCUGACACUCCCGAAAGGAAGGCAUUCGCUCGCUCUGAGGGACGUCGCUCGGCAAGCCAAGGAGGCUGCUCGCAAGGCGCAUCAGGAGGGUCGCGAUCAGGUUGUGGCCGAGUUCCUGGCAUCAGACACGUUUCAGGAAGAAGCCUUCGCUCGCAUGAAUGAUUUGAUCAAGGCAUGGGGGCAGACUCCCGAAAGGAAGGCAUUCGCUCGCUCUGAGGGACGUCGUGGUACAACCUUGGUCUGUUCCGAGCGCAGCAAGUCCUUUCGAACAGGGCUCUUCUGCCAUUCCGACCAAGUCGAAGCCGAGCUCGCCCCGCCGCCCUCACCGCGGGACACUUGGGACUCGGACUCUGAGUCUGAGUCGGUGCACCCCGAUCCUUUUGCCAAGAUCCCGGGGUUCAUUUACUAUUCGUCGGAGGAGGACGAGAAGACCCCAUCUCCGCUGGCCCGUCAUGAGGUCGCCGCUCCCCCGGUUCCUGCCAGCCGCCGGGGCCGAGGCCGCCGCCCUCCAGCUCCUCCGGCAGCGGUUCCGAGCGAGAGCUCCGUGGAAUCCCACCAUCCGAGCCGGCACUCAAUUGAAGACCCGGGAUCGCCCAGCUUCGACGAGUCUACUGGUCACUCUGUCGUCAGUAGGGCCCCUUCUCCGCCUUCCUACCCCCCACUUUGCCCAUGCGAGCAGGGGUGGAACUGUGGCAUGCAUUGAAGUCCACUUGUAUUUUGAUUAUUGUAAUGCGUUUUACUUGUUGUAAGACGUUUGUGCAAUGUACUUGCCCCCUUUUCAGGAAUGGAUAAAAUUCAAAUUUGAUCUUGCUUUGUUUUCGUUUUUUGCCAUUAGCCUGAAGGGUUG